AUGACCGUCACCACUGUGUGUCUUCCACUCACUCCUCCUGCUGAAGAAGACCCCAACUCGCCAAAGUGGGACAUCGAGGAGCCUGCGAAGACUGUCAGCCAGCAGGAGUUCGAGUCGACAAAACCUGAAUCCAUCGUUGCUGUCAUCGGUGUUGGCUACGUUGGCACUCACUUGGUAGAGGCCUUCGCUGGUCACUACAACGUUAUUGCAUUCGAUCUUAGCGAGCAAAGACUCGCUAAAGUGGCGCAGUUACUUCCUGGUCUCCCAAUCCAGUUCACUUCCAACGCAAAGGAUAUCAGCGAAGCUACCCAUGUUCUUAUUUCGGUCCCCACAAUCCUCAAGGAUGACAAAAGCAUCGACACAGCAUAUCUGCGCAGUGCGAUCGCUACUGUGGAGAAGUACGUCAAGCCUGGAUCCACUGUCGUCGUUGAGAGCUCAGUCGCGGUUGGCAUGACUCGCGAGCUCGUCGGUCCCCUGAUGGCAUCUCGCAACCUCAAGGUUGGCAUGUCUCCUGAGCGCGUUGAUCCUGGUCGCACAUUCCCCGCCUUCGAGGAUAUCCCCAAGAUCGUCUCUGGCCUUGAUGAGGCAUCACUGGAGUCCAUAUCCACCCUCUACGGCCGCGUGUUUAACAAGCUUCUUCCCGUCUCUUCUCCAGAGGUUGCUGAGAUGACCAAGCUCUACGAGAACUGCCAACGCAUGGUCUGCGCCGCCUAUGCCAACGAGAUGGCAGAUGCAUGUGCUAACAUCGGCAUCAACGCCUUUGAGGUCAGCAACGCAGCUGCAUCCAAGCCAUUUGGCUACCUCCCCUUCCGCCCAGGCCCUGGUAUCGGUGGCCACUGCAUCCCAGUCAACCCCUAUUACCUGCUGUCCAACUGCUCCAUGCCUCUUCUUGAGCACGCCACCACUAUGUCGUGGUCGCGCCCUGCAGAUGUUGCGACCCGCUUUGUUCAGUCUCUCGUUCACGAGAAGUCAUCCCCGGAACAGGCAGCUGUUGAUCCCAGCCAUCUUCGCCUCCUUGUUGUCGGUGUUGGCUUUAAGCGCGGCCAGGACGUCAUGAGCAACUCGCCUGGCGCUGCCAUCAUCCGCACACUGAAGAGCCGCUUUGGAAGCUACGUCGAGUUUGCCGACCCCCUGGUCGGAACUGACAUCUACAAUGCUGUUCCCAAAAUGGAUACUACAACAAAGUGGAACGCUGAGCACCUCAGCACAUAUGAUGGCAUCAUUGUCUCGGUCAACCAGGAGGGUUUGGAUAUGGAUGUUCUUGAGCAGCUUCGCGGUGUCAAGGUCGAGGACUUCACUGGCACUUUGAUUAACCCUUCCUAUAGCAUGGGGUCGCCCUCUGGGUUGUCAAAGGGUUUGUAA